AUGUCGCAGCGGGAUCGGAACUGGCUUGUUCGUCAUACCAAAAUUCACAGAGAACGUGUUUUAAGUGAUAUUACGAUUGAUUUAACCAGAAGAAGGGAUGCAAAUGAUCAUCCACGGACAGUGCAGAGAUUUUUACAUGAACAUGAUGUGAAGAGACGAGUGGUAAGAAAAAAGAUGGCUGUGUCACAGGUUAACAGAAAAAAGCGUAUGUCUUGGUGUCUCGAGGAGAGAAAACUUACUGUUAAUAAUUAUUGGAACUCUGUAAUCUUCUCCGAUGAAAUCAGAUCGUUCUGGGUGAAAACCACAGAGUAUACGUUUGGAGAACAUCAAAAGAAGCGUUCCUUCCCCAAUGCAUGUGUCCUCCGCUACAGAGAAGGGUGUCUAUUAUGCAAUAAACCGUACCGCUUUCAAGAUGAUAAUGCCCCCGUUCAUAGAGCCCACAUUACGAGGGACUACAAACUGGAAAAUAACAUUCCAACUAUUGUGUGGCCGGCACAGUCCCCGGACAUCAAUAUUAUUGAAAACUUGUGGCUUCGAAUUAAACGAAUUCUACAAAAUCGGCAACAAAACGUAACGACCCCCGAGGAGCUCGUCGCCGUCGUUUCAGACAUAUGGAUUUCAUUUGAUCAGAAUUACAUAAGAACUCUGUAUGAUUCCAUACCACGCCGUUUACUUGCUGUCAUUAAAUCUAAGGGACACCUCACCAAAUAUUAG